GAAACUAACUCCUCGGCCCGCCCAACUCUCACACUAUUUCUCUCUAUUUAGUCUCACACACACAGAGACUGUGUUUCUCUGCAAUUCGAUCGAUACAUACAUACAUAUAUAUACAUACACACACCUCUUCCACUCGCUUUUUUUUGAACGAUGUCGUUGAGACCAAACGCAAGGGCAGAGGUCCGUAAGAACCGUUACAAAAUCGCCGUUGAUGCCGAAGAAGGGCGGCGCCGGAGAGAAGACAAUAUGGUUGAGAUCCGUAAGAAUAAGAGAGAAGAAAAUUUGCAGAAGAAACGACGUGAAGGUCUCACCGGUACUAACUUCCCUGCUCCUCUUCAAUCCGCUUCCACUGCUGAAAAAAAGUUAGAGAAUUUAGCUGCAAUGGUUGCUGGAGUGUGGACUGAUGAUAAUAAUACGCAACUUGAGUCUACUACCCAGUUUCGUAAACUUUUGUCCAUAGAGCGUAGCCCUCCGAUUGAGGAAGUUAUUCAGUCUGGUGUUGUUCCUCGUCUUGUUUCUUUUCUUGUCAGGGAGGAUUUUCCUCAACUUCAGUUUGAGGCGGCUUGGGCUUUGACUAAUAUUGCUUCAGGGACAUCUGACCACACAAAAGUGGUGAUUGACCAUGGUGCUGUGCCGAUUUUCGUGAAACUUCUUGAAUCUCCCAGUGAUGAUGUUCGCGAGCAGGCUGUAUGGGCACUGGGGAAUGUUGCUGGCGAUUCCCCUAAAUGCCGUGACCUAGUACUUGGGCAAGGCGCUUUGAUUCCUUUGCUUUCCCAGUUAAACGAGCAUGCUAAGCUAUCUAUGUUGAGAAAUGCUACAUGGACACUUUCCAAUUUUUGUAGAGGAAAGCCACAACCUUCUUUUGAUCAGACAAGGCCUGCACUUCCAGCACUUCAGCAACUUAUUCAUUCAAAUGAUGAAGAAGUUUUGACAGAUGCAUGCUGGGCGCUUUCAUACCUUUCAGAUGGUACUAAUGAUAAAAUUCAAGCUGUUAUUGAAUCAAAUGUAUGUCCCAGACUCGUUGAAUUACUGAAUCAUCCUUCUCCCUCAGUACUCAUCCCUGCUCUUCGUACAGUUGGUAACAUUGUUACUGGUGAUGACAUGCAAACUCAGUAUAUCAUCAAUCAUCAAGCACUGCCUUGUCUUCUAAACCUCUUAAUCAAUAAUCACAAAAAGAGCAUCAAGAAGGAAGCUUGUUGGACUAUAUCAAACAUCACUGCCGGUAACAAGGAGCAGAUUCAGACAGUGAUUGAAGCAAGUGUCAUUGGUCCACUUGUUCAGUUGCUUCAAAAUGCAGAGUUUGACAUCAAGAAGGAGGCUGCAUGGGCCAUCUCAAAUGCUACCUCUGGUGGAAGCCAUGAUCAAAUAAAGUAUCUUGUUAGUCAGGGAUGUAUCAAACCAUUGUGUGACUUACUUGUCUGCCCCGACCCGAGAAUUGUUACUGUUUGUCUAGAGGGGCUUGAAAACAUACUGAAGGUCGGAGAAGCCGAGAAGAAUCUGGGACUAUCAGGAGAUGUCAAUGUUUAUGCACAAAUGAUUGAUGAUGCUGAAGGACUGGAGAAAAUUGAGAACCUGCAGAGUCACGAUAACAAUGAGAUAUAUGAGAAAGCCGUGAAGCUUCUUGAGACAUAUUGGUUGGAGGAAGAGGAUGAUGCAAUGCCUCCUGGUGAGAAUGCCCAACCUGGUUUCCACUUUGGAGGUGGUGAUGUUUCUGUUCCGAAUGGUGGCUUCAACUUCAACUGAUUCAAGGUCUUCUUGAAGUUAGGGUCAUUUAUCAUGGCGAGAUAGGGUCUGAUAUCUGAGGUAAUGCAUGGUCCAAUAUUCGUAGAGUGGUUGAAGUUUUGGAGUGGUUCGGGUUUUUAAAUGAAUAGCAGGUCAAGUGUUUAUGAUUUAUGUAAAAGCAAUAUGUUAUUUCACUUUGGAAAAUCCGACUAUUUAUAAACUGGGAUUAAUAUAAUUUCCUGUUUUUUGCA